AUGAGCUACUACUUUGCCAUUGUCGGCACCCAGGACAACCCGCUGUUCGAGUACGAGUUUGGGACGUCCAAGCAAGGCGGCGAUGGCCAGUCGCGCUUCACCGACCAGGUGCGGCACCUGAACCAGAUCAUCUUGCACUCGAGCCUGGAUGUCGUCGAGGAGGUUCAGUGGUCACAAGGGCAGAUGUACCUCAAGUGCAUCGACAAGUUCUUCAACAACUACAUAUCCUGCUUCGUCACCGGCGCCGGCGCCAAGUUCCUGCUGCUGCACCAGCCGCCCGCGCCCAACCCUUCGGGCUCGUCGCGCUCCUCGACGGCCAUUGGCGCCAACCCGACGAGCCCCGCGACCGAGGAGGCCAUCAAGAUGUUCUUCGCCGAGGUCUACGAGAACUGGGUCAAGGCCAUCAUGAACCCCUUCUACAAGCAAAACAUGGAGGUGCGCAGCCCGGUGUUCCGCGCGCGCGUGGCAGCGGCAGGACGAAAAUACCUAUGA